AAAAAAUGAACAACACUAAUUACAAAAGACCCAAACAAUUGCAGACUCGAUUUUGGAAUUACUCAUUUUGAUACGUAUUUUUAUAUAGGUACUGGUUGCGCGAAGGGCUCUCUCCAUCUUGAGCAACCUGUUCUAAUACUAUACACCGAAUACAUAUGGCCUCCCCCAAAACAUUCAUGCUUAUAUGUACGGCUACAGAGAAAAUAUAUGGAUUAAUACAUACCCACAGCCGAAAUUCACGUCAAAGUUGGUAAUUUUUCAAUGACAAAUCAAUAACUGUACCCACAAAACUACUACGCAUAAACUAGACUCCAUCUUCACUGUUCGUUCUCCAUAUUUUGACAGUGAAAUGUCCAGUGCAGACAACUGCGAAAAUUCCAUGAAUUGACGGAGGUUGAUCUGAUCACUUUGCGCCUUGCAUAGACAUUGAAUGUGGAUAUUUAUUUCCCUCUUGUUCGAUUAAGUAACUUGAGAAGUGCAAUAAUUCAGUCAAUUAUUAUUAUUAGAUUGAAUGCAGUUGGUACACAUGAUGUCCACCGACGCAUGCGUCAUAUGUUCGCGUUGCGUUGCAUUUCGAUUCUCCUUCGUGUGCUAGUGAUCUGUAUUGUGGUUAUUUUAUUCAGAAAGUAAGCCAAGAUGACGGCUCACGAUCAGAUUAGAGCAAUGCUAGACCAACUAAUGGGGACAGGGCGAAAUGGGGAAAAUAACCGCUUUCAAGUGAAGUUCUCAGAUCCAAAAGUGUGCAAGAGUUUUCUGCUGAGUUGCUGCCCUCAUGAAAUAUUAUCUUCUACACGUAUGGAUCUUGGAGAAUGUCCCAAAAUUCAUGAUCUAGCCCUGCGUGCUGACUUUGAGAAAGCUAGCCAGCACAAGGAUUAUUACUAUGAUAUUGAUGCAAUGGAGCACCUGCAGGCAUUCAUUGCCGACUGUGAUCGCCGAACUGAGCUUGCAAAGCAGCGCUUGGCCGAGACUCAAGAGGAACUUUCAGCUGAAGUGGCAGCCAAGGCCAACAAAGUGCACGAGUUGGCUGAGCAAAUUGGCAAGAAGCUUGCACGUGCUGAAGUUCUGGGAGCUGAGGGACUCGUGGAAGAGAGUAUGAAACUAAUGGAAGAGAUCGAGGACUUGCGCAAGAAGAAGACAGCAGCGGAAGGCGAGUACCGCAACUCAAUGCCUGCCAGCAGCUACCAACAGCAGAAGCUACGGGUGUGUGAGGUGUGUUCAGCAUACCUGGGUAUUCACGACAACGAUCGCCGUCUCGCUGAUCAUUUUGGGGGCAAGCUGCAUUUGGGUUUCAUUAAAAUCCGAGAAAAGCUGGCAGAGCUGGAGCGCGGCGAGCGGGGCGACCGGGGCGAGCGCGGCGGCGACCGCGGGCGGCGGCGCACACGGUCGCGCAGCCGCGAUCGCGGCCGCAGCCGCAGCGACAAGCGCAGCUCGCGCACCCGCUCGCGCAGCAAGUCGCGCAGCGCGCGCUCGCGGCGAUCGCGCAGCAGGAGCCGCGGCCGCCGCAGCCACUCGCACUCGCACCGCUCGCGCUCCGGGGACGCGCGCAAGGAGCGAUCGCGCUCCAAGGACCGCUCCGAGCGCCGCAAGGAUGGCGAGAGAAGACGAGGUGAUACAGAACUAGAGGACAACCGUGCUAAACAUGAACAUGCCGACGAUAAGAACUAAAGCUGCAUGAGCAGGAUUCAGCUGGCAUCGUGCUUUGCGAAGAGCAUUCUGUUUUGUUUCUGCACUAGUCUUUGGUCACAUUGCCUUGGGGUGAGAAUGUAACAAGGUGCAGCCAGUGGAAACAAAGACCAUUUCUGGUUAUUUUGUUUUGUGACCUGGCAGUUGAAAUUGAUAUUUUGCCAAACAUUCCCAUUUGAAAUUAAAAAAGCCCUCUGAUCUGAGGAUAAGUGGGUAUCUUGCUUACAGCAGAUCUUCAGGUUAUCUGUGAUAAGUGAACUUCUAUUUCACCCUGUGGCCUUGCUAAGUUUGUGGCCAGGACUUGUGUGAUUUACUUGUUAACACUGUUACAUGUCUGUAUAUAUAGCUAUUUUUCAUUAUUUGUAAGAUUAAACGUUAUUUGUAAAAUAAUUUUUAAAACCAUUAUGAUUUAUUGGAAUGUGAGAUGGUAAAAGUGUUUCUCGGCAUGUUGUAUUUGGAGCCACAUUUGGAAGUUCACUUCUUAAUUAUUUGAUGUGCUGAUUUGCUGUGAGAACAGUGAAAUUAACUUGUGGUUUUGUGGCAAAUAAGUGAUGUAAAUGAAUAAGUGACAGACAUUUUUCAGUGGGAUUCUCUUUUCCAUGUGGCGUGGUGUUUUGUAUUAUAUAUUCUGAAGAGAACUGAAGUAGAAACCUGUAGAUGGCCUUGUUUUUCAGACCUGUGAUUUAAGUUGUCUUACUGCACCUAGCUUGAGUGCAGAUAUGCACUCUCACCCCAAAAGUUGAGUUCCAGGUCAGAAUUUGUAAUAAUUUAAUGGAAUAAAGAUAUUUACUCUUCAUUUGUGAGGUUACUAAUAGUAUUGUAUUUAAUAUCCCUACUUAUUAUAUGGAAGAUGUGAUUUUCAAUCUGAGAACAAAUGAAUUUGCAGAAGAAUUACUGUUAAAAUUUGAAAUGAAGUAAAAACCAACUGUAAUCAGUUGGGUUUUUGUUUUCUAUAUAUUAAUUUCGUAUUGUC